UUCAUCACUCACAUCCCCAGCAACACAUUAGUAAUAGACUUUAUCCACAUUUGAAGUUGAGGUAGCUAAGUAUGGCGAAGGACAUUGAGGUUGCAGAGCAUGGAGAGACUGUGAGGGACUACCAGGACCCACCUCCAGCUCCAUUGAUUGAUGCUGAGGAGCUAGGACAAUGGUCCUUUUACAGGGCUCUUAUUGCAGAGUUCAUCGCCACCCUUCUCUUCCUUUAUGUCACAGUCUUGACUGUUAUUGGAUACAAAAGCCAGACAGACCCAGACAAGGGUCUGGAUGCUUGUGGUGGUGUUGGUAUUCUUGGUAUUGCUUGGGCCUUUGGUGGCAUGAUCUUUGUCCUUGUUUACUGCACUGCUGGUAUCUCUGGAGGACACAUCAACCCAGCAGUGACCUUUGGUCUGUUUCUGGCUAGGAAGGUGUCGCUCAUCAGGGCUGUUUUGUACAUGGUGGCACAGUGCUUGGGUGCAAUAUGCGGCUGUGGUUUGGUGAAGGCCUUCCAAAAGUCAUUUUACAAUCAUUAUGGAGGCGGAGCCAACGAACUGCAGGAGGGGUACAACAAGGGCACUGGAUUGGGUGCUGAAAUCAUCGGUACUUUUGUUCUUGUCUACACUGUCUUCUCCGCCACUGAUCCCAAGAGGAAUGCUAGAGACUCCCAUGUUCCUGUAUUGGCACCUCUCCCCAUUGGAUUUGCUGUGUUCAUGGUUCACCUCGCCACAAUCCCAAUUACUGGUACUGGCAUCAACCCUGCUAGGAGCUUCGGAGCUGCUGUUAUCUUUAACCAAAGCAAGGCCUGGGAUGACCAUUGGCUCUUCUGGGUUGGACCCUUCAUCGGAGCUGCCAUUGCUGCUUUCUACCACCAGUUCAUUCUUAGAGCAGCGGCUAUCAAGGCUCUAGGAUCCUUCAGGAGCAAUGCUUAAAGCCUUGUCAAAUCAAUCAAGGGUCCCUUGUGCUGUUGGGAAAACUCUCUAUUUGCCUUCUCAUGGGAAAUUUAGAUGGCAGUGGGAUUAUUAAAAAAAAAAAAAAAGUCUUCUCUAUCACUGUUGGUUUUUGCUAUUAUUGUAUUUCUCAGUUGGGUCAUGUUAUGUCUAUCCUUAAUCUUUCUCUUCCUUUGAACCAUCUUUUCUUGUGGUGGUUCAUGUUAUUUCAACAUCAUUCUGCUGAAACGAACUGGUCUUCUUCUUUAUC